UGAAGGGUAUAAAAGCUUCAGGCCAAAACAGAAUUGAAAUUGAAGAGAAGACACUGACAAAACCUGACUUCGCAGCCUGCGCCACCAGACCCUCCGCUUGAGACCCACAGACCUCUGGUGGAAGAUUCAAGCUGCCGCAAGCCCCACCCACUGGCUCCAUGCUGGGCUCUCCCUCCCUUCUGUGGCUCCUGGCUGUCACCUUCUCCUUAGCUCCCAGAGGGCAGCCCUUGGGCCCUCGAGACCUUAAGGAAGAAGAGAAAGAUGAGACCCCACAGCCACCUUCGUCCGCUGUCCCCUGUGACUACGACCGUUGCCGCCACCUGCAGAUGCCAUGCAAGGAGCUGCAGAGGGCUGGACCCACGCCCUGCCUGUGCCCUGGGCUCUCCAGCCCCGCGCAGCCGCCUGACCCUCCGCGCUUGAGCGAGGUGCACGUGGUGGCCGAGGUCGGCAGCGCGGUGGUGCACUGGUGCGCCCCCUCCUCCCCGGUCCACCAGUACUGGCUGCUGCUAAGGGAAGGCGACGGGGCUCCCCAGAAGGGCCCCCCACUCAACUCGACUGUCCGCAAAGCAGAACUGAAGGGCCUGAAGCCCGGGGGCGCUUAUGUCGUCUGCGUGGUGGCUGCAAAUGGGGCCGGAGAAAGCAGCGUGCCGCCGGCAGGUGGGGAGGACCUCGAGAAGGUGGGUGGCCCUGCCUUGGGGCCCUGCAGGAAGCUGGCCGUGCCUCCCAGACCCCAGACCCUGGUCCACGUGGCUAUCGGGGUGGGCGCAGCGCUGGUCCUGCUGAGCUGCUCUGCUCUGGUGUGGCACUUCUGCCUGCGUGAGCGCUGGGGCUGUCCCCGCCAGGCCGCUUCCCGACCCACCGCAGGGCUCUGAAGCAGCCUGGGGGCCUCUGGGGCCCAGCUGAGUCCAGGCUUAGACAGGCGAGGUCUGCUUGGACUCCGUGGGAGGAGGCAGUGCCCGCUGCUGCCCCAAGCAGCCUGGACAGCAGAGCAGGUGGCCAGGCGCUCAGGCUCCAGCGGAGUCUCAGUGUUCAAGCUGAGAGCUCAUUCAGGUCCCAGACUUGCCAUCCUGCUCUAGGCUGAGGUUUUGAAAGGAGAAGGCAUUGGGAGCUUUGUCCUUGAAGGACCAGAUAGUAAAUAAUUUAGGCUUCGCAGCUCCAGAGAAUAAAAGCAAAGAUAUUACGUAGGUAGCUCCUUAGCUGGGUGACCAUGUGAAAAUGUAGAAACUGGGGCUCAUUCGGUUAAGCGUCUGACUUCGGCUCAGGUCAUGA